AUGGAGACGGAGGGUUACCGGUGCCGUAGCAGCCGGUACAUCGAAAGCGGACAGUCGGCGGUGCCCGGUUCGGUGCUGUUCGCCGCCGGGCUUGUGGGUAACGUGCUGGCGUUACUGCUGCUGGGUCAGCACCGACGGCGUUCCCGCUCUCCCGGCGGUCGCCCACCGCGGGUCUCCGCUUUCUACGUGCUGGUGAGCGGGCUGGCCGUUACCGACCUGCUGGGCAAGUGUUUGCUCAGCCCCAUCGUGCUGGCCGCCUACGCUUACAACCGCAGCCUCAGCGAACUGGGACCCGGCGGGCGCGGCGAAGGCGAGCCGGGCGUCCUCUGCCAGCUCUUCGCCUUCCUCAUGGCCUUCUUCGGGCUGGCGCCCACCCUGCUGCUGCUGGCCAUGGCGUUGGAGUGUUGGCUCUCUCUGGGGCAUCCCUACUUCUAUCGGCGGCAUCUCACCCGGAGGUUGGGUGCCGCCUCGGUGCCGGCGGCGGCCGGGCUCUGCGCCCUUUUCUGCGCCUUGCCGCUGCUGGGUUUCGGGGUGCCCAUGCAGUACUGCCCGGGGACGUGGUGCUUCAUCCGCAUGGCCGGCGGUGGGCCGCGGCAGCUCGCCUUCCCCGUCCUCUACGCCAGCCUGAUGGGUCUCUUGGUCUUGGCCAUCGGCGCCUGCAACGUGAGCAGCAUGCGGCACCUCUACGGCAUGGCCCGGCGGCAGCCCCGACGUGGACCCCCCCCCGACACCGCCCCGCGCAUGGAGGAGCUCGACCACCUCAUCCUGCUGGGGCUCAUGACCGUCCUCUUCACCAUCUGCUCCCUGCCGCUCAUCAUCCGGGCGUACAUGGGGGCCUUUGCCGCCGAUUUCAACGAGGACGCUGACCUCAGCGCCCUGCGGUUUCUCUCCGUGAACUCCAUCGUGGACCCCUGGGUCUUCAUCAUCUUCCGCACCUCCGUCUUCCGCACGUUCGUCCGCAGGCUUUGCCGGAGGUUGAAUUCCCGGAAAGCCACCCUGAAAGGACCUGACCCGGGGGGGGACAACCAGUUCUGUCCCCUGGGCUGGCGCAGGACAGACACCCCCCAGCUCGGCUUCCCCUGA